AGCGUGGAGAGCAGGAGGGAAGGAGAGCGGUGAGGCGGUGAGCGGGCAUCAACGGAGGCGUCGUCAGGAAUCAAAAGAAAGCCAAAAGUGAAACAACCACCGAAAAAAAAGCUGACUGACUGACUGACUGAGAGAACGUGAACGUAAACGUGAGCAAGAACGAGAACGAGACCGAGCACGAGAAUGAGAACGAAUGCACGAAAGCAAGCGGCCCACUAAAGCAGCGUAACAAAGAGCACAGCGCAAAAGUUGUGCAAAAGAAGACUUGUAGCUGCUCCGACGCUGCUGCACAGGCUGUGUUUUAUUAUUUUCCGUUCCAUUUGUUUAAACAAUUUUACACAAGUGGCUGCCACAGGGCGCAUUAACAAGCAGCGGCAAUUGCAACAACAAUAUCAACUACAGCAACAACAAUAUCAACCGAAACGGCGGCUGUAUAACAAAAAAAUAGAAAAAAAAGGAAGUGAGAAAUAUUUGGUGCAUAGCAAAAGGCGCGCGGGGUGGCAACAAACGGCCCAAAUACAUAACUGUUCAUAACUGAGUGGCAACUCCAAGGCAAAAAAAAAAAGAAUUAACAAAACCAAAGAACCAAAAUUAAUAUAUAUAGCAUUUGGCUGAAGUGAGUGAAAAGUGUUCAAUAAAAUCGAAAAUACAACUUAACAUUGAUAAAUGCAUACAUGCAUAUGUGUGUAUAUAUGUGAGUGCAUGUGUGUGUGUGCGAUGACAGCCAAAUGUGCUAAAUGUUGUAAAUUAUAGGCCAAAUUUUGCAUUGCGCAAAAAUAUACACAAACACACACAGACACACAGACACUCACACACACACAAAGCGGCCAUUCACAUCUACAACGUGCAUGUGCGUGUGUGUGUGUGCUGGUGUGUGCGUGCGAGCGAGUGAGUGCCACCCUACGCUGUGUAUUGGCGCGCGAGGCCAAGAAAGUGAGAGAGAGAGAGAGAGAGGCAACCAGAGAGAGGGGGAGAGCAGCCAGAGCGAAUGCAGGAAGAGAGCGCGCCUGCUGGACGUCGUGAGAGCGCGCGCACAUGUCAAUGACAGACAGCUGACUGGCGGAGCUACAAAACGAAAAUGAAAAUAAUCAUAAAGGCGAAAAACGAAGCAAAUAGGAAGAGCAGCACAUAGCAAAGGAGACAACAAUAAAAAAAGCGUAAAUGUAAAUUGUGCAUAAACUAUAAAAAAGAAGAUAAACACGACAAAUAAUUGGGGCACAGGAGAGCAGCGAGCACAGAGCUGGGAUAAAGGACAGCAACAACAAUAGCAACAACAACAGCAACAACGAACGCAUGCAUCUAAAACACACGCAAACAUAUCAAAAUAGACACACAUACGCAGGAAACGUCCAUUUACAACAACACAAACAUACAUAGGCUGAUAAUAGAGAAUUAAUUACAAUAAGAAACGAACAACGAAGAAGCUACCGCAACAUCAACAACAACAACAAAGGCAAAGGCUAAGGCAAAGGCAAAGCGGAACUGUCUGCCUGACUGUCGCUUGCACGCUGGCUGCUGCCGCUGCUGCUGCUGCUGCUGUUGCUCUCAGCGUUGCCAGCAGCAGCGCUCAUCGCUUUCGGGCAUUGCCAGACUCGAAUGCCGCUACAGCUGCAGCAAGCGCCACAAUAACAACAGCAACAGAAACUGCAACAGCAACUGCAAUUACAACUACUCUAGCUACAACUACAAUUGGAAUUACAGUUACAACUACGGCGAAUUCGCUAUUAACCCAUAGGCUGAGCAGUGUCAUAAAAUGUUGCUCUGCCGCCGCGUGGCUGCAAAGCGUCGCCGGUGUUGCGUUUGCUGCCGCCACAAACAAAGAAAAUGUGUCCAGCGGCAGCUCCACUAGCUGCAGCAUCCAGUUAGCCAAGCCCCCAACCUUCCGCCCACCCGCUUUGGCAACCAACGAAUAACACAAUAAAAACAAUAACAACAUCAACAACAACAACGAUUAAAAGACUUCAAAACGUGCAACGAACCAGUUUUCUGAAUGGAUAACUACAGAAAGAAGGUGCGUGCUAUGGAGCAGCGGCUCAGUGAAUGGCCAAAGCCCCAAGCACAACAGCAACAACAACAACAGCAGCAGCAGCAGCAGCAACACUCGCAACAGGGCACGGCCACCAGCUCGCCCAUACAUCAACAGCAGCAACAGGCAAUUGCCGCUGCAGCCUUGGCCGCUGCCUGCCAACAGAGCGUCACAGGCACAACAGGCGUGGCCGUAGGCGUGGGCGUGGGCGUGGGUGUUUGUCUGCCCAGCAACGAGGCGGAGAAGACAAUUAACUCACUGGAGAUACAAGUGGAGGAGCAACGACAGCUGCGCCUGCACGACGCACGCCAGAUCGAGGCCAAGGCCGCCAAGAUCAAAGAGUGGGUGAACAACAAGCUGCGCGAUCUUGAGGAGCAAAAUCAACUGUUGCGCGAACAGAACAUCAAGUGCAACCAGCAGCUGGAGCUGCUCAAGAAUCACAUAGCCAAUCAGUCGCAGCGCCACAGCAUUGUCGGGCCGGUCAGGAAUAGCCUGAGCCUGGACGUGCAGGACUUUGCGAGCACGCCGGAAACGCGACGACGCAGCGAGAGCCUCGACCCGCAGGAGAUCAUUAGCCGGCCAUUGACCAGCUCCUAUCCACAUCAUCAGCAUCGACGCAAUCUCUCCAUGGAGCCGCAGGAGCUAGAGCGCAACCUGGUCGCGGCCGUUGACGGCCUCACCCUGGCGCCGCUGUCGAGCAUCUCCAGCAAGGCGGCGCAGUCGGCGACGGCCAGCACACGGCCGGACAGCUCCGACACGGACACGGCGCACGACUAUGCCGAGAUCUAUACGCCCUCGUGCGAGAAGCUGCCCGCCUGGAUGAAGAAUAAUCCGGCGCUGAUGGCAAGCGGCGGCAACUCGAGCACCACAACGACCACCACCAGCGAAUUGGGCGUGCCCAGGCCGCCGACGCCGCCGCUGCAUCGCUUCCCCAGCUGGGAGGCGAAGAUCUAUCAGGUGGCCAACGACGGACUCGCUGGCACCAGCACCGCCGAGAGCAAUGCCAGCAAUGAGCCGACGCCGGACGUGCAGGAGCACAGUUUGACCCUAUCGAAUGGACGUGGCACCGCCCCAAGGCAUGGCCAUGGCCAUGGCCACGAUGCGAACGGUACACUGGGCAGCAGCGGCACGCCGGGCACGCCCCAGCCGCCGACGCGACAGCAACAAACCGCCAGCGGCGGCUUCUGUGAUAUAUCCGUGCCCGUCUAUGCCACGGUGAAGGGGCGUGCCUCACAAAUACGCUCGAUGCCCUUCACGGGCGACUCGAGCGACGAUUCCAGCGAUGGCGAGGAUCAUGCCGUCAUGCUGACACACAACUCGCACAACUCCUCCAGCACAGAUAAUACGGAGACCUCCACAUCCGGCAGCGCGUCGAGUCCAUCGAAGAGUCUGAAGACCUCCUCCAGCCUGAGCCCAGCCAAGCGCAGCGGCUCCGAGAGCCCCAAGAAUGCCAAGGCGCGUGUCCACACACGUUUAACCACACCACACCAGUCACAGCAACAACAACAAAAGCAACAGCAACAGCAACAACAACAGCAACAACAACAACACCAUUAUCAGCAUCAUCACACGCUGCCGCACCCGCAGGCGCCGGCAUUGGCGCCCGUGCACAAUGUACAGAGCACGCUGCCACGCCUACAUACGCCCACAACUGGCGCGCAGCUGACGCAACUGCGCGUGAGCCCUCACAUGCGUGGCACAGUAAUUUCAGAUCUUUCCUUUGAAUCAGGCCUCUCCGACGACUACGCCCUGCCCCCCGAUGCUGUCUCCGAAUCGACCUGCAUGGAUGCCUCGAUGCCGUCGCUGCUAAUGCGUCAAUCCUACGUGGACUCGCCGAGCAAGAAACUCGAAUCGCUCGAGAAAAUGGGUCACCUGGCCAAGCUGGGUGGCAAACUGAAGACAUGGCGCAAGCGUUGGUUCGUCCUGAAGAACGGCACGCUCAACUACUGGAAGAGCCAGCACGAUGUGCAGCGCAAGCCACAGGGCCAGAUCCUGCUGGACGAGGCCUGUCGCAUCAGCCGGGCAGAGGGUGCCUCUACCUUCGAGAUAGAUACGGGCAAAAAGGUCUACUACCUGACCGCCGACUCGCACGCCACCAUGGACGACUGGAUACGCGUGCUGCAGAACGUGCAGCGUCGCAAUGCCACCAAAUUGCUGCUCAGCCGGGACGAUCAGAAGCCCACGGUGCAGGGCUGGGUGACCAAGGUGAAGAACGGCCAUGCCAAGAAGUGCUGGUGCGUGCUCCUGGGCAAGAUGUUCCUCUACUUCAAGGCACCCGCUGAGACGAAUCCUUUGGGUCAAAUAAAUAUGCGUGAUGCACGCGUGGAGGAGGUCGAGCACGUGUCCGACUCCGACUCGGAGGAGCGCGAGGAUGCCGCACAGGAUCAGGCACGCCUCACCGUGGCCAUCUACCCGGCCCAUCAGGGCCCCACGUAUCUGAUUCUAUCCGGCAAGCCGGAACGCGACAACUGGCUAUAUCAUCUGACCGUCGUCUCGGGCGGCGGGCCCAGUGCGGGCACACAGUACGAGCAGCUGGUGCAGAAGCUCAUGGAAACUGACGGUGAUCCAAACUGCGUGCUCUGGCGUCAUCCCAUAUUGCUGCACACCAAAGAUACGAUCACAGCUCCCCUAUCCUCCAUGCACACGGAGACCAUGCAGCCGGAGGCUAUAAAGCUAUUCAAGAGCAUUCAGCUGUUUAUGUCCGUGGCCGUCAAUCAGCCGGGCAUCGAUUACCAUGUGGUGCUCGCCCAAAAUGCGCUGCAGCAUUGCCUGGAUAUGCCGGAGCUGCAGACCGAAAUGAUCUGCAUUCUGAUAAAGCAAACCUCCCGACAUAUGGGCCAGAAACUAAGUGUCGGUGUCCAGGUAAACAAGAAACUGGGCAAGCAAACGCGCCAACUACUAUUGUGCGCCACCCAAAGCCUGUUCACCUGUGAUACCCAACAGGCUGGCCAGGCUCAGGCCAACGGCAGUUCGCCCACAUCGAUACAGGCUCCCGUCGCGACACCCAUCAUCGACUGCAAGUCAAAUCCGCCCGCCUACAGCUUUGUUCAGGGCUGGCAGCUGCUCGCACUGGCCGUCUCUUUGUUUGUGCCCAAGUCCAGUCGCCUGCUGUGGUAUCUCAAGCUGCACUUGUCCCGCAACGCGGACACCAAAACGGAAACUGGCAAAUAUGCCGCCUACUGCGAGCGCGCCCUGGAGCGCACCCUGAAGAAUGGAGGGCGCGAGACGAAGCCAUCGCGCAUGGAGGUGCUAUCCAUAUUGCUGAAGAAUCCAUAUCAUCACUCCCUGCCGCACGCCAUACCCGUUCACAUGAUGAACGCCACGUAUCAGGUGGUUUCCUUUGACGGCUCCACCACCAUCGAGGAAUUCCAAACAACGUUGGCCCAGGAGCUGGGCACCCGCGAUGCCAACAACGGCUUCUGUCUGUUCAGCGAUGAUCCGAUUGAAAAGGAUCUGGAGCACUAUCUGGAGCCGCUGGCCAAGCUGUGCGAUGUGAUCAGCAAAUGGGAGACGGCGCUGCGUGAGAAGGGCUCCGGAAAGUUCGAGAACUCGCGCGUCAUCCAGCUGAGCUACAAGAACCGGCUCUACUGGAAGCACACCAUCAAGUGCGAGACGGACAAGGAGCGGCUGCUGCUCUGCUACCAGACCAAUGCGCAGAUCGUGCAGGGCCGGUUUCCGCUCUCGCGUGAGCUGGCCCUGGAGCUGGCCUCGCUGAUGUCGCAGAUCGACAUGGGCGACUACUCGCACGAGAAGUCGCGCGACGUGGGCCUGAAGGCGCUGGACAAGUUCUAUCCGUAUCGCUACCGGGACGCCCUCGGCGCCGAUCAGCUGAAGGAUGUGCAGGAGCUACUCAUAUCCAAGUGGACGCUGCUCAAGGGCCGCUCGACGCUGGACUGUGUGCGCAUCUAUUUGACCUGCUGCCGCAAGUGGCCCUACUUCGGCGCCUGCCUGUUCCAGGCGAAGCCACGCCAGUGCGAGCCGCACACCGCCGCCGGCACGCCCGUCGCCUGGCUGGCCGUCGCCGAGGAUGCGCUCAACGUGCUCGAGCUGUCGACGAUGGCACCCGUGGCGCGCUAUCCCUACAGCACGGUGAUGACAUUCGGUGGCUGCCAGGAUGACUUCAUGCUGGUCGUCUCGCACGACGACGGCACCCUGGCCGGCGGCUGCGAGCAGAAGCUGCUCUUCGCCAUGAGCAAGCCGAAGAUCUUGGAGAUAACGCUGCUCAUUGCGGACUACAUGAAUGCGCUGGGCCACACCGUGCCGGGCACACCGCAGAUGAAUUCGCUCACGCGCAACGGAUCGCAUCGCUCGCUGCGCACCUCCCAGCGACCGGGCGUCGGCGUUGGUGGCGUUGGCGGCGUCGCGGGGCUCACGGCAGUCGGCGCAGCUGGCAGCAUCACAGGCUUCUCCACAAAUGCCACCACCACGGCCCACAACACGCUCAACUCGCACGCCACCCACACGCUUAACUCCACGCACUCGCACACGCUCAGCAGCUCGCACCAUGCGGGCGGUACUGGCGGUAGUGGCGGUGCCGGCACCGGUGGUGGCAGCCACCAGGGCACGCUCAACUCGCAGUCGGGUGGCGGCCAUCAUCAGCAUCACCAUCAUCAUCCGCAUCAGCCGGAUAUACUGAAGAGCACGCCGGAUCAUCAGCGCAUCAAGUGAGCCGCGCCCAGGGGCGGGGCGUGUACAGAAGUGCAUAAAUAAGACAGACAGAGGAGAUGCAUCUAUAAGUAGAUAUAUACAACAUAUAGUAUAUAUAUAUGUAUCUAGGUAACGCCGUGCUGUACUGUACUGUACUUUGCGCGCUUCUCAACACUAAACAAGAACGUUCUUUCCUAAGCUAAGCUAAUAACGGUACUCGUACUCUAAAGCCCAUACAAGCGUAUAUUGUAAACAGAACUUUUUUUUUUUUGAAUAGCCUUAAGUCGUACCCCACGUCAGGUACAAGCAUAUACUAUACAUGCAUAUACAUACACACAUAUGUAUAUGCAUACAUAUAUUCAUUCUGUGUGUCUCUUCAACGAAUUUUCUUUUGUGAUUUUCUUUUGUACAGCAGUUUGUGCAAAUCGCGUUUCAGCACCUUCUUCUUGUUCUAUUCGUUUUCACUAUUUUACUCUCUCACCUAUGUAUACUCGUAUUGUACUAUAUACACACACCUUUAUAUAUAUACACACAUAUAUAUAUAUAUAUAUAUAUAUAGAUAUAUCCGAUAUUCUUGCUAAUUAAUGCUUCGUCACGAAUCUCACUUUGUCCCUCCAUGCUCAAAAACUGCCUUUUGAAUGUAGAUGAUGAAGAAGAAGAUGUAGAGAACAAAACCAAGAUAAUGAAACAAGCCAAAAACAACAACAACAACAAGAACAAAAUUAAGCUGAAAUUGCAAUAAUUUGCAUCAGGGUUUACCCUAGAGCAAAAGGGUUGAAGAAUUAACAAUUGUAUAACCAUAUUUUGUAUAGUGUUUUUCAUGUCCAGACAUAGGAUACAAUUUUUUUUUUUUUUUUUUUUUAUUAAAAUAUUUUUUUUUCACAACUUUUUUUUUAAGAUAAACGAAAGUGAGGAAUUAGAUAACGUAGAGCAUAGGCAUAGAUGGCAUAGAGACUAAACAUUAUCAUUAUGGCUUCUAGAGAGAGCACUUGAUAUAUUAAUGUUGUCUACAUAGUUACGGUGCGAAGGGAAGUGUUUGUAUUGAAUAUUUAUAUAUAUGUAUAUCAUAUCCAUGUUUUAUUUUUGAAAUAUCAUCAUUGUACGAUUCCUAAUUUGCAUAAUGUAUUUUUGAAAUCAGCUCAUUUCACAGCAAAGUAGGUUUUUUAUUCAAAUGUUAACAAAUCAAAAGAAAUGAAAUUAAAUACAAAUAUUUAUAUAAGUAAAAUAGUAAAAAACAAAACAACAAGAAUAGCCAACCGAACACAGCCAGAGCUUCUAGUGACAAACAACAUAAGAAACUUAAGCGAAAAUAGAAAUUCCAAUUGAUAUACAACAUAGAAACGUUCUUUUGUAAUUUAUACAAAGGAAACGUCCAAAGAAACAAGACACAAAAUUUAAUAAUGAAAACGACAACAAACAUUUAUUGUAUACAAAAUAUUGAGAUUUAUAUAUUGUAGUAAAAACCAAUUUUCCUAGUAAGUUAUACACUAACGCAAUCAAAGAAAAUACAAAAUUGCCGUAAAACAAUAAAUUAACACCAAAUAGCACUCCAGCUGCUGCUCCCUGUCGAUUGGCCGUUUUUACUAAGUAUUUGUCAAAGCACUUUCGAAUAUUGUUUCAUGUUUUCUGUUUUGUUCUGUUCUGUUUCGAAAGAACUUAUAAUAUAUCAUAUAUAGUAUAUACACGUACACACACACACACACACACAUACACACACAUUUAUAUAUAUACAUAUAUUUAACGAAUGAAAAUUAUACAAGCAUUAUAUAACUGUGUAAAUGGCAACAGCGCAUUUUUUUCCUAAUUGUAAAAAUUUGAUAUUAAAAAUUUAUAUGCAAAAUCGCAAAAAUAAAAACAAAAGCAAAAUAACAAAAGGCGACAUUCAACUAGUAUAUAUAAAUAUACAUGCAUAAACAUUUGUCAGCGCAUAUAUGGCAAGGAAUAGGCGAAUAUAUCAACACUCCAAAACAAAGGAAAUAAAUAUAUAUAUAUAUAUAUAAAGGAAAAAUUAAUCAUU